UGUGACUUAACUUGCGCCUGGUUCCCUCGUGUGGUUGGGAAUUCUCCUAAAUCCCCGGUUUACAUUUCUCCGACACUUGUGGACUUGUCACCAGCUGUCCCGGUCGGCGGAAUCACACUUCGGGCAACUUACCCAGGUCCACUCUAUUGCUAUAGCUGAUUGCGCCCGUUUUGUCCCUGAGCUUCUGCUCUUGCGCCCCUCAUCAUGGCUCUCAAUCUUGACACAAGUGACCGGUCCGGUUUCCGCCUGCCCAACCCGCCUCCUCUCCUUCACACACGUGCCGGCAACGAACUGCUGGAUCGUCCUGCGACGCCGGCCGAGACUGCUUUCACCAGCCCUGUCCAGACGCCUCAGGGAAGUCCCAGCAAAAACCGCCUGCCCCCCGGCGCAAUCGAUCUGCCUAAUGUAUUCGAAAAAGCGCUGAAGCUAAACCCCACCUCUCCGGCCAAAAACACACAUAACCACUACAAUCAUCCGAUGUUUUCGCCGCCCCGGGCGGGGGAGGAUUUCAACGAAAGCGUCAUCCGACAACCGCCAGCGAGCCCUACGCGCAGAUCCAACAAAGAGAACACGCCGCCGAACUCUACCCGAUUUGCCAAAGAUUUGGGUCCGAACCCUGCCGCCGCCGCGAUAUCCCGAAAUGAACCAUAUCAGACCCGUGAUCUGGAGAGCAUCCAGCGGCGACAGGUCCCCAUGCGGGGUCUGACCCCGGAGGAACUGGAGAAGCUCCAAAAUCCCCGUGUCAAGCGCCUGGUCAACGUCACCCAGCUCUAUUUCCUCGAUCAUUAUUUCGACUUGUUGAGUUAUGUCCACAACCGGCAGAAUCGCUACUCGCAGUUUCGCGCCGCCUAUCCGGAACCACCCCUGACGUCCAUGGAGGAAUACGAACCCGCACUCAUGAAAUACUUGGGUCGGGAGCGGGCCCACCUUCGCAAGCGCCGAACCAGACUUCGCCAGCAUGAUUUCCAAAUAUUGACCCAGGUCGGACAAGGAGGUUAUGGACAGGUUUACUUGGCACAGAAGAAGGAUACGCGGGAGGUGUGCGCAUUGAAGGUCAUGAGCAAGAAGCUACUCUUCAAGCUGGACGAAAUCCGUCACAUCCUUACGGAGCGCGAUAUUUUGACCGCAGCCAAGAGCGAGUGGCUAGUGAAGCUGCUCUACGCUUUUCAAGAUGAAGAUCAGAUUUACCUGGCGAUGGAAUAUGUACCGGGUGGUGACUUCCGCACGCUGCUGAAUAACACUGGGGUGCUGCACAACCGUCAUGCUCGCUUCUACAUCGCGGAGAUGUUCAGUUGUAUCGAUGCGCUCCAUGCUUUGGGAUAUAUUCACCGAGAUCUGAAACCAGAAAACUUCCUGAUUGAUUCGACCGGUCACGUGAAGCUGACCGACUUCGGCCUGGCAGCCGGUAUGCUGAAUCCAGGCAAGAUCGAGUCUAUGCGGGUGAAGCUUGAGGAGGUAGGCAACACUCCAGUGCCGUUUGGACGUCCCAUGGAACAGCGCACGGUGACAGAGCGUCGUCAAGGCUAUCGGUCGCUCCGUGAGCGCCAGGUGAACUAUGCCAAGUCGAUUGUUGGGUCGCCAGAUUACAUGGCGCCCGAAGUGCUGAAGGGCGAGGAAUACGACUUUACGGUGGAUUACUGGAGCUUAGGGUGUAUGCUGUUCGAAGCACUGGCGGGCUAUCCACCGUUUGCGGGCGCGACGGUCGACGAGACUUGGCAGAACCUGAAGAACUGGCAGAAGGUGUUGCGCAAGCCCGUCUAUGAGGAUCCGAACUACUUCCUGUCGCGCCGGACAUGGGACCUGAUCACCAAGCUCGUGGCCGCCAAGGACCGACGGUUCAAGAACAUCCAAGAGAUCCAUUCCCACGACUACUUCAGCGAGGUUGACUUUGACCGCCUGCGGGAGCAGCGUGCGCCGUUUGUGCCCGAGCUGGAUUCGGAGACGGACGCGGGCUACUUCGACGACUUCACCAACGAAGCCGAUAUGGCCAAGUAUAAGGAAGUCCACGACAAGCAACGAGCGCUGGAGGAGAUGGCGGAACGGGACGAGAAGAUGGGCAAGGGACUGUUUGUCGGAUUUACAUUCCGACACCGCAAACCUGCCAUGGACGGCAUGGGACGAAGUUCUCCGCGCAAGCCGAUCGCAACGGAUGGCAGCUUCGGCACGAUGUUCUAGUCUUUUCGGUUGCAUGGUGUCAUUCUAGCACGAGCUGGGUCUCGGAUUUGGGUUCGUUUGAGCGCGUAUGAUAUGAUAUUCUAAUGGCUAUGGCAUGACGGGUAUUUGCCAGAGGAGGGGCGAAGAGUGUAUGAUACAGCGUAUCGUAGAAUACAUGAAUGUGCAUGAGCUUGAGGUAUUAUCGUGUUGUCCUCCCAUGCUGAUCCGGGGACAAUCAAUUCUCAUUCAACUG